AUGUCGCUUUUCCGCAACGGCGGCCGGACUGCCACCGUGCAGCUCCGUGGUUUCUCCUCAUCCUCAAGUCUCCGUGUCGGACCUGAAUCACCCAACUUCAUUGAAGUCCCCAGGACAGUUCAACCAGAUCUCCCUUCAAAACCCCGCGUCAAAGGUACAUUACCGGUACCGCGUGAAAUCUUCCCCCGUCGACGAGUGGACAAGCCCAACCAACAGUACAUUGCCGCCGCUGCACCCCCCCCUACCAACCAAGAAAAGAUCAAUCCCGAUGAGCCCCAUGCCGAAUACAGAGAACGGAAACGGGAAAUGGCCGACAUGAGAAGACAGAACCUAAAGGAGGGUCUGCUGGAGCUGCACAAGCGGAAGAAAUGGACGGAUAAAAAAAUGGAGGAGCGAAGUCGCCAGCGACAAAUCCAACGAGAGCGCGUCCUCCGCCAGAAUGAACGAGACGAUGAGCGCUACACUCGGCCCUCCAUUGUACAGGAUAUGCUACCAAAGCGCACCCCUGUGUUGCCCGAUCCCGGAAGAGAACAGCGGCUCGCCGAAUCACGGCUCCGAGUGGAAAACAAGAAACACCAGGAGGAGCUGGAGCGCCAGGACUCGCUACACACUCUUUAUAUGAAUGCUCGCGAAUUCAUUACCACCGAGGCCCAGCUAGCCGCCGAGCUCGAAAAGGUCUUCCCUGAAGGGGAGAAUGAAGCUUGGCGUAGCGAUUAUAAGUAUGGCGAAAAUAUUUGGAACCUGGGAUUCCCCCGAAACUUAGGAACUCGCCCCGAUGUCCCGAAACGCGAGUCCGAGCGCUGGGAUGUUAUCCAAGGCAGAGUCAAGAAGUUGGGAGAGCAGAUUACGGGUGGAAAGAUCUGA